CACGAAAUCAUCUUAAACAAUCAACACAAUCUAAAUUGCAACAAUUUAAAUUGCUAAUCCAUCACAUGUAAUAACCACUGGCUAUUAAUUAGCACGAGUGUUGCGCCCUCAAGCCUUUUCCAUCUCAAGCUUAUUGUUUUCUUUUCACUUAAAUUUUUGCUCCUCUUGUUAAAAGAACACCAAUCAAAUUUAAUUUUAAUUGUUUGCUGAUAACUAAUCUUAACCUCUUCUUUUUGGUGAUAUUUCUUGUAUUUUAGAGAAACUGUUCAAUCCACAAAUUGUUCCUCUGGUUAUUUAUUGAAUGAUCGAAUGAGGGACUUACAAUCAUCUAAUAACAAUACCAGUAACUCUUCAAGAUUCAGAGUAUUUCCUACCAUGGCAACAUCUCACAGAAGAGCUCAAGCCUCUCUGAUGCCAUCAAGUCAAAGUAUAAGCCUAUUACCAGUAACCAAAUUCAGUCACCUAUGGACGAUCAAGAAUUUCAGUUAUAUUCCAAGUGACACAGAAUUUAUAUGCUGCCCCAAUUUUUCACCUCCGGCAUCAAAGGACAAAUGGUUCAUGAAAUUGAGACCGAAAACAUUGGAUGAAACAUCCGGUAUUGAAUACAUUGGAAUUCAUCUAUUUUUAAGAUCAUGUGAGGAUAGGACAAAACAACAAGUUAGAGCUAAAUAUGUGAUAUCCGUUUUGGAUGCUGAAGGUGAUCCAAGAUAUACUGGUGAAUGUAGUCGACAUGAAGGAAGGAUAUUUAAAGCUGGAACAGAGGGUCAUGGAUACAAACUAUUAGCACCAAGAGAAUUACUUCUCAAUCCAGCCAAUAAUAUGCUUGGAACUGAAGAUUCACUUCGUAUUCUAUGUGAAAUCACCAUGUUUGGUGAAGUAACUUCCUCCCUGGUUCCAUGUCCUGACAAUGAGCAUAUUGAGCUUACCUAUCCAGAGGAAGCUUUAGCUCGACAUUCAGUUACAAGUGACUUGGCCAAUUUUUUUACCAAUGGAGGUGAAAAGACGGACAUUAUUCUUGAAGGAAAAGAUAAAGUUCAAGUUAAAGCUCAUAAAAUUAUCUUGUCAAUCAGAUCAAAAGUGAUUGGAGCCAUGUUUUCACAUGAAACCAAGGAAAAGGCUGAAUCUAAAAUUGAGAUAAAAGAUAUUGAUGGAGCCGUUUUAAGGGAGAUGAUUAAUUUCAUUUAUACAGAUAAAGUUGGUAAUCUAGAAGAAUAUGCUUGUGACCUGUUAAUCGCUGCGGACAAAUAUGAUCUACCCAAGCUGAAAAUGUUAUGUGAACAAUAUUUAGCCUCUAAAGUUACUAUUGAAACUUCAGGGGAAAUUUUAGCUCUAGCAGAUGCAUGUAAUAGUAUUGAAUUGAAGGAUAAAUGUUUGGAAUUUGUGGUCAGAAAUUCAGCUAAAAUUGUCAAUGCAGAUUCAUGGGAUACUCAAGUGGGAAAAAGACCAUCACUUUUUAAAGAAGCAUUCGAGCUCAUGGCAAAAAGACCAAGGCCCAAUUAAACCACAACAAUUAGAAAACUAUAAAUAAAACCAAAGGAUUUUCCAUCAAUUACUAUUUAGGAAAAAAAAUAAUCGGAAACGAGUUGUGCAAUUUUCUUACAGCAUAAAGUACAAGAUGAAACGACAUGAAAAGAAACACAAACAAAAGGAGUUUAUGAGUAAUUAAUCAUAACAUUCAACAAAAUGGAACAUCAAAUUAAUCUACAGUUUCUCCUUUUCCUUUUUUCUCUUCAAAAUCUCUUUCAUUUUACAAGCUCUCUCUCUCUUUUUCCUUUAAAUCAUCUUUUCUAUUUCUCUUUCUUUAUUCUUAAUCCUUUUCACUUAAUCUUGUGCUCUGGUAAAAAUUAACACAAUGUUACAUCUUACAAGAAGAACCAACUGACCGACCGCAAGUGAUCCUGGUCUUGGUCAUCAUCCAUCUAUAUUGUCGAGCUCAAAUCGAAAAUGGGCUUUUAAUGUUCUGAAAAAAAACUAUCCUAUUUAAUUCGCCAUUUGUUCAACUUCCACCUCUUCUCUCUCUCUCUCUCUCUCUCUCUCACCACGUUUUCUCCUUUUUGGCCUUUGUUUACAAAGAAAAAAAAGCGAUUCUUGCAAACGAUUGUCGACCUUUUCGAAAACCAUCUUAUACAUAACAUACAUCUCUACAUAUUAUAUAUAUUUCUAUUUGUAAACCAACUACAUCAUUUUAUGAAUGGUAUAAGCGCUUGUCCAUUAUGUUUUUUUUUCACUGUAUAACUUUUUUCGACUCGUCUCCCUCUCCCUCUCUCCCUCUCUCACUCUCUCCCACCUUCGGCUACAAUUGUUUCCUUUUCCUCCCCAAACAAUGUUUGUGUUCUCUCCCUUCUCACUUUUCUUUUCUGCAUCUUUCUUUCCUCUCUUUUACAGAUUAUUUCUCAAUAAAGACUAGAGAAAGAAAAAGACAAUUUAGCAAUAUAA